CAGCGCGAGCACCGAGCAGCUUCUCUUUCUGCCCCUUCUGCCCACCCUCCACUUCGCCCUCCUUCCCUCCUCCUCCUCCUCCUCCUCCUCCCCGUCCGUCGAACGAGGUCGUGGUUGUUCUUGUUUUCCUUCCUCGCGUCUUGCCCUUUGCUGUCGAUAGACCUCGACGACGACGACGAGGACAACAACAACUCUCCCUCUGUUUGCGACACCCGCUCACAAGAGCCACCCCGUCGCCUGCCAUGGCCUCCAACGCUACGAGCUUCUCGUCGCCUCUGGCCGAGUCCAUCUUCCCUAUUGCCAACCUGCCCCCGCAGGUCACAGACGCCAUUGACGCCGUCGCCAACGCCAGCAUCGCCACCUGGUUCUUCACCAUUCUCGGUCUUGCUGUCGCCUAUGAUCAGGUCAGCUACUGGAUCCAGAAGGGUUCCAUUGUCGGCCCUCGCUUCAAGGAGCCCUUUAUCGGCCCCUUCCUGCAGUCCCUCAACCCAAAGUUCGAGGAGUACGUUGGCAAGUGGAAGAGCGGGCCCUUGAGCUGUGUCUCCGUGUUCCACAAGUUCGUCGUCAUUGCUUCCACUCGUGACCUCGCCCGCAAGGUUUUCAACUCGCCUACCUACGUCAAGCCUUGCGUCGUCGACAUCGCUACCAAGAUCCUCGGCGAGGACAGCUGGGUCUUCCUCGACGGCAAGGUCCACGUCGACUACCGCAAGGGCCUCAAUGGCCUCUUCACCCGCCAGGCGCUUGAGUGCUACCUCCCCGGCCAGGAGCAGGUCUACCGCGAGUUCUUCACCAAGGCUCUCCAGAUCACCAAGGAUGCCGGCGGCAAGCCCGUUCCCUUUAUGCACGACUUCCGAGAGCUCAUGUGCGCCGUCUCGCUCAAGACCUUCACCGGCCCUUACCUGACCGGCCCUGCCAUCAAGAAGAUUGCGGACGAUUACUACCUCGUCACUGCCGCUCUCGACCUCGUCAACUUCCCCAUCAUCAUCCCCUACACCCGCACCUGGUACGGCAAGCGCGCCGCCGACAUGUGCAUGGACGAGUUCGCCAAGGCUGCUGCCAAGUCCAAGGCCCGUAUCGGUGCUGGUGGUGAUGUCCAGUGCAUCAUGGAUGCCUGGGUCAAGGACAUUCUCGACUCCAAGAAGUGGCGCGAGGCUUCCGAGGCCGGCCAGUCCACCGAGGGUCUCCGCAAGCCUGUUCCUCUGCUCCGCGAGUUCAGCGACAUGGAGAUUUCGAGAACCAUCUUCACCUUCCUCUUCGCCUCUCAGGAUGCCACCAGCAGUGCCGUCACCAACCUCUUCCAGGUCUGCGCUCAGCGCCCCGACGUUCUUGACCGUGUCCGCGAGGAGAACCUGCGCGUCCGCAACGGCGAUGUCGAUGCCUCUGUCUCCCUUGACCAGCUCGAGUCCAUGACCUACACCCGUGCCGUCGUCCGUGAGCUUCUCCGGUGGCGCCCUCCUGUCCUCAUGGUGCCCUACAAGGUCAAGAAGCCCUUCCCGAUCACCGAGAACUACACUGUCCCCAAGGGCGCCAUGGUCAUCCCCACGACCUACAUGGCCCUGCGCGACCCCGAUGUCUACGAGAACCCUGACGAGUUCGACCCUGACCGCUACUACUCUGGCGACGCCGAGGAGAAGGGUGCCAAGAACUACCUCGUUUUCGGCACUGGUCCUCACUACUGCCUCGGCCAGCAUUACGCCCAGAUGAACCUGGUGCUGUUCCUCGGCAAGGCCUCGCUCAAGGUCGACUGGACCCACCACGCGACCCCUGUCUCUGAGGAGAUGAAGGUGUUUGCCACAAUCUUCCCCAAGGACGACUGCCCUCUGACCUGGGAGGAGCGUAAGUGGUAAUCGGUGCCCUGCAGACGAAGACCGCGAGCUCAAGACAAUCUUCAUGUAUGAUGGAAUGAGCAUAAGCAAGCAGGCACAGCCCGUUUGGCAUUCGGAACAUUGACCAGACGAGGAAGCCAAAACAUUAGAAUAAUUGUAAUGCAGCAUUGUAUAUAUUUAGGGAAUCUGGGGGUGGGAGUCUAUAGACGACGUUUAGGCGAGGUACGGGAGGAUUUGCAUGGGGAAGCAGCAGAAGGGUGAUCUGCGACCAAUAAUGAAUCAAAAGAACCAAACCAUCAUAAGAGGAUGCCCCAAACUCAGUGAUCAGGUAUAUGUUGCAUCAUGCCAGUGGUAGCAGAAGUCAUU